AUGUAUAUAGAUUAUAUAGAACACCCCCCACCAACCACAAAAGGAAUACCCAUAUGUGAUGUAUCAAUUCCACAUCAAGAAAAUCCCACUGACUGUCAUUUGUUUUAUCACUGUGUGUUUGGUGAUGACAAUGCACCAAAGUUAAUAGAAAAAUCUUGUGGAAGAGACAUGAUGUAUAAUCCUAAAACCAUGUCUUGUGAUUGGCCUGCCAACGUUGUCCUUUUAAAGUCUUCCUGUCAAUUAAAAAAAGAAGAGGAAUCUAGAAACGAAACAGUUCCAGAAUGUCCACCAGGAAUGGUUAUGGAAAAAUGCGCUAUUCCAUGUGAAAAUCCUGGUCAAGUAGUAGAAGAAAAAGGUUGUAAACAAUGUCAAUGUAUUGAUAACUACUAUUCUUGUCAUAAAGUACAAUGUAGUGAUGAAGUCAUGGAAGAAAUGGAUGUUGAUGAAUAUGAACAAACAGAAGAACCAACAGAGGAGGAUGGACUAAAUAGAACUGAUAUAGGACGAUUUGAAUAUAAUAAACAAAGUAUAGUAAGAACAUAUACAAUUCCUCCAAUUUUAAUCAUACCAUCAACCGUUACACCACCUGAAGCUUGUACAGAAAAUAGGUAA